UUCCCAGCUUAUUCCCCUUCUCCUAAAUUCGUAAUUAAUUUACUUUGAUUAACAGAUCUUAAGAGGAAGCCAUGAGUAGAGGUGGAAGCUAUGGUGGCGGGCAAAGUUCCCUGGGCUAUCUGUUUGGCUCUCAUGAUGAGAAACCGAGCGCUUCUCCUCCCACCCGGACAGUCGACCCACCUCCAUAUGGUAUCGAUACCAACAGUACGGAUCAGAAGCCUCCCGACGCUCGUUCUCCUACAGAGAAAGAAAAAGUGUCAAACAACUAUCCCCGAGCUCAAGGCCAAAACACAGGAAACUUCAUAACUGAUCGUCCGUCAACAAAAGUCAAAUCCGUUCCAGGCGGGGAUUCAUCUCUCGGUUACUUGUUUGGAGAUAAGUAAUAUUCCUCUCUCCGAACUCUAGCAGCUCUAUUAUGGAAUCUGGAGUAGCUCUUUUCUGGGUUUUGAAUAUUAUGUACAAUAAAGGAUUCAGUUCCAAAGAAGGGUUGGAUUUGCAAGGUUCCUGAUUUGUGUAUGGUGUUUGAUUUUCUUACAGACGUACGGUGUGUAAUGAUUUGCAGAUAGGUCAGCCAAUAUAUAUGGAAGUAGUGUGCUUGAUUUAAUAAGAAGGAAGUUAGUAUAUAAGUGUGUGAAUUCCCAUAUAUUUUAAUGAAAAUCUAUAUACUGAAGUUUGCUGAUCAUCAGGUUCGUGUCCAUAUUUGGAAACAAUAAAGUGAGCUUUCCAUUUUA